GAUACGAGAUCUUGUGGGGCCAUUCUAGGUAAUGAGAGGGCAGAUACGCUUGUGAACAACAGUUACAACUCCGAUAUAAAGUAGUUUUUACUAAGUUGCCGAAAUUCUACGUGCUUCUACUUAUAUCCGUGCGUUCGAUAUUCUAUAAAAUAAGCCUCACGUAGCAAAUUAGCAAUUACAUUUUUUGUUGACCAAAUUCGACACUGUCAUUGACCUCCAUACAACAAUUCCUCAUUGGUAGUGUUAUUUUCGUGGACAGAUUUUGGGCGGAGUAAACCCUCUCGCUUUGCCUCUUCCUCUCUGACAUAACUAGCUAGUCAUCUUCUUGACAAGAAUGAGGUAGGGGAGGCGCUGUUUGGAAUGUCAGUUCCAUGAAGUGUGAAAUAGAGACAGUGUAUUCUUGGAAAUGUGUUACAUUGACCUUUUAAACAGGUGUUAGUAUUGAAUAAUUUUUAAUUCUCAAGUCAAGAGGGGAGAGUAGACUUGUUCCGCAUGAUGUCUUACAUACUUGUUCCAACGUAGAGGAGUGUUGUAGCUAGCAAGCUAGCUAGCCAACGUUAGCUCUUUGAGUGGAGGGGUACGGGCCCGCCUCAGACUAAAGUAGCUCCUGCAGCUGGGGAGCUCUAUCUGCGACAGCGGCUAUCUGACAACUACGGAGUCGGGACAUUACUUAUUGGGCAGGCCGGUUCGGACGGAUCAAAGCUUUGGACCAGUUAUUGAAUAGCUAGCUACUUAUUGGCAAACACCGCAUUUCUGGACUUGAGAGGGUCGGUCUUCAAUGUUAUGAACUCGUAAAAUGCAACAGGAGACGAGAGGAGGAAGGAUGACAUACUCAUCUUGAUAAUAGAAAAACUGAAAUCGAUGCAAAUACGCUGUUUCAGAUAGCCAUUUGUCAGCUGAUACUAGCUCACUCGCUUUUGACGCAGGGUAUUUAGACUAGAGUUGUAAACGCAGGCUCUCAAAAUGUCUAAAAUGCCGGCUAAAAAGAAGAGCUGUUUUCAGAUCACAAGUGUGACACAGGCUCAGGUGGCGGCCAGCAGUGCCACGGACGACACAGAGAGCCUGGACGACCCAGACGAAUCACGGACUGAAGACGUGUCGUCGGAAAUAUUCGACGUGUCCCGGGCCGAUUAUGAGCCAGAGGUAUGUGAUCGAAGUUCAUCUGAGGAAACACUAAACCAUGUAGGGGAGCAAGAGGCACCUGGCCUUAUGGCACCGCCACAUAGCAACGUUAUACCUCAAGUUGGGCAGCUACCUUCAAUGUCGGGUCCCCCAAAUGGGGGUUUUGCUAUUCGAAAGGUGGGAGUGGCAGGCUCUCCUCAUGCUAGCCAGCAAACUCUGGGAACUGGUUCCUCAAGCGGCCUCCCUAGUAUCGCUCAGUCCAGGCUCAUGCAACAGCCUGCCCCAGCAACCAGUGGGGGGGCUACCAACGUGUCAGUGAGCACAUCCCAGCCAGUAGUGACUAGUUCAACCCCUACUUCUACUACGACGUCGACAACAAGUUGCAGUUCACGCUUCAGGGUCAUCAAACUUGAUCAUGGUACUGGAGAGCCCUUCAGAAGGGGCCGAUGGACUUGCACAGAGUUCUAUGAGAAAGACUCGGAGGGUAACACAGUGGUUAACAGGACUAUGGAUAACAUUAGGCAUGCCAAUGCGUUGGACCCCAGCGCCGACAGGGACAGUGGGCUGGGGUUGACAGUAACUCUCUCAGGCCAGGGCCUAGACUCUAUAGCGGACGCAGCUGCACUUAAUGCCUUGCACAUUCCCCCAGGGGACACACUGCAACAGCAGCAGCAGCUCCACUACCAAAACUACAACAUGGGUCAGCCUGGAACAGCCACAUCCAACGCUUUCCCCACCAACAAACCCAUAGCUGUCCCAGUUCAGCAGCCUGCGCUGGGCACUAUCCAACCCGCUGCCCCCCAGAACCUCCUUGUGGGGUUCAACGGUCUGCCUCAAACUGGCAUCCACAUACAGAAAUCUCAUAGCGUGCCCCCGGCAGCCCAGACCAAGCCGCUGACCUACCCUCUCCAGCAGCAGCAACCCAUGCUACAGCAGCUUCCACUGGGACACCACCUGUCCAACCAGCCCCCAGGCCUGCCCCAGAACCAGGCGGAAUACUACCAACACCAACAGCACCAGCCUGUCAUGGAGGCAGUGGCCUCGGCUGGCCAGACCCUUUCCGUGGCCAGCCUCUCCGUGGGACAACCUAUGGGUCAGGGCCCGUCGCCGGUCAUGACUCCCGCCGCCGGGGCGCCGAUGCUGGGCCAGGUAGGGGAGUUGGCAGCGGCGGGGGGAGGAGUCCCUUUACCCCUCAGUCAGCCAGCUCCAGGCCUGAUGGGUGCAGGUAUGGGAGGUGUCGGGGCCUCCAUGCUGCUGGGCAGAGGCUCUACUCUGCAGCAGCCUGUGGGUCAGUACGCCCUCACAGGGAUGCCUCAGCCCCUCGGCCUCCACUCCAUGCCCGCAAGUGUCCAAAACGUGCCUACCGCCGUCGUAGCCAUGACAACCAGCAUCGCCGGCAUGCCCACCACUGUGCCCAGUGCCUCCAAUGUCGGCGCAGCAGUCCCUGCCACCAUGCCAAACCUGACUGCCUUCUUGUUGCCCGGGCAACAGGCCCCCAUGGCCCACAACGACGGGGGGGCGCAGGGCCUCCUGGCUGCUGGUUUUGGCCAGGUGGAGGAGGGCGGUAGGAAGGUGGAGGGCCUCGCGGCGGCCCAGCCUCUCGCCAUCUCGGAGAAAAACCUGAUGAAGACCCCAGAGGGCCUGCAGCUGGCCGUCAACCCCUCUGUGAACAGCCUGUUUGGAAUACCCAUACAAAUGGACUGGGACGAGGACAGGAACCCCUCCAUUGCGUUCUACCAGGCCUUCCAGUCUGGCAACAGGCUGCGGGCCCACAGUGAUAGUGCCUCUGGAGCCAGUGUUGUUGCCAUUGAUAAUAAAAUAGAACAGGCCAUGGACCUGGUGAAAAGCCAUCUGAUGUAUGCGGUGCGUGAGGAGGUGGAGGUGCUGAAGGAGCAGAUCAAGGAGCUGUUUGAGAGGAACUCUAUGCUGGAGCAGGAGAACGCUGUGCUGAAAUCCCUGGCCAACAGCGACCAGCUGUCUCAGCUCUCUGUCCGGCCGGCCGACACAAUCUCCUCCUGCAGCACACCUCCCCAGCAAGGGGUGAGCCAAGGCCAGCCGCAACUACAACUACAGGCUCCACCACAGGUCCAGCUUCAAACACAGCCUCCGCUCCAGGCCCAGCCUCAAAUCCAGCAUCUCCAACCCCAGUCCCAGCAACUUCAACCCCAGCCUCAAGUGCUGCUUCAGGUCCCUUCCCAGCAACUGCAGCCUCGGCCUCAACAGCCCCAGCUCCACCAACCCCAGCUCCAGCUCGACGCCAGCCAGCCCCCACCUUCGCAGCAACCGCAGCCCAACGUCAACUCCGUUUGAAGUGCAUCCUCCCUCCCUCUCUCUCUCCGCGACAGGAGAGGGGCGAGAAAAAAAUGAGAAAACAUCCUCCAAUUCUAAAUUAGCAUAUGAAGCAAAAAACUAUAUUGUCUUGUUCACCACCAGCUUGACCACCACAACCAAGAGCAGUGCUUCAGUGUGUCUGUGUGCGUGUGUGUACUGUAUGCCGGCUGUUCGGCCUUCCCAGUGUUAAUACAAUCAUCGAGCAAGAGAGAGUAUGAGAGAGAGAGAAAGGGGGGCUUUUCUUGUGGGGCGCCAUGCUGGAGCUUGGACAGAUUGAGUGCUGGGUCAGAGCCUGUGGACCAGAGGCUUUGCCCGAUCCCCAGGCAGGGGCAACUCACAGAGGAGUGAUGCAGCUCACGAGGACGAAUCAGAGCGUCCCAGAGAUUAUUUUUUUUAAAGAGAAUCAAGUCGGGAAGGGGUUUAUUUUUAGCCUUGCAGUUUCAUGUUGUAAGUAAGAAGUGGGAGAGAUCUAUUUUCGGAGCCGCGCCGCCAUUUCUUCUUCGACAUAAGUCCAAUCCAUGCAUCAGUCUAAAGUUCUACUGUUAAUGUUUAUUUAUUACUGGGCUGCUAUUUUCAUAAAGGAACAAUGUCACACACAAAAAAAAAAAAAAAAAAAACAUUGAGCCUUUUUUUCUGCUUUAUUACUUUUUGGGGUCAUUAGUGUUUAAAAAAAUUGGCCGUACAUCCAAUGGGCAGUUUAUUACAUUAACCAGUUGAAUAUGUAGGCAACAAUAAAGAAACUCUGACAUACAUGUCUAACACUAAAUGGGCUGUUUUACAAUGGAAUUGUUAAUCCGCAUCAGUCAAGAUCUAGUUUGAAUGUACAUUUUGUAUAGAGUGUAAAGUAUUAUGCGCAUAGAAAAGUUUGUACAGGUGAACACCAACUCAUGUGACAGGAAAUCUGAACAUGAGUCUGCGGUAGGCUAUUUUGACGAAGAUAACUUCCAAUCCAAUUGCUAGUUUCUUUGUCUCAAAAAUUGAAAGUUUAUUGCCAUACUUCCCCGCCCCUACCCUGUCUUCUUGUGCAUUUGUUUCCGGGAUGGGGGCAAAAAAUGCUGUGAAAUCGUUCAAAACCUACUUUGUAACCAAAGAUGCAAAGCUGUGUAAUUCGAUUAUUAUUUUGCACACUUCUAUGUAUUUUUUGUUACUUUUUGUCCUUCACAACAAAAUAUUUUUGUUGCUGUUUAGCAUGUUCUGCAUGAUCUGUAAUCUUCAAACCACUUUCUUACCUCAUUUUUAUUCAGCACUCUUAUUGUAAGAUCUGUGAACAGUGUAAAUGGGAAAAAGACAUCGAGACUAGGGUUUUGGUUGAGUGACACAAACUAGUGUUAGACACUAGCUGCAAAAAAUGAAGUGAGCCAUGUUUUGUUCAUUUAAAUGGUGUUUGAAUUUCAUAUGCCAAUAGUUUUGUUACAUUGCAAAUUUGUAUCUAUUUAAAUAAAUGCAAUAUUCAGA